AUGCAUAAGGAACCUUUCUGCUCUUCUCUUUACUUCAAUGACCAUGACCGUGACAAACGGGAGAACCGAUUCGAAUCGACAUCCCUUUUCGCAAUUCUCCUGGAAUGCGACAAGUCCUCCCUGUCCAGCCGAGUCUGCCUGGUGCUUGCUCUGGCCAAUGCCAUCUUACAUCUUCAUUCUAUCAGUUGGGUCCACAAGGUCAUCCGCAGCCACACGGUCAUCUUCUUCCGCAAGCCAGGGAAUGCAGAGCUUUCCGACACAUACCUUUGGGGGUUCGGCCUGUCACGCCCUGCGCAGCAGACCGAAAUGACCGAGCGCCCAGACAGUAACCCUUUGUAUAAUCUCUAUCGCCAUCCUCUUGCCCAUGGGGAUGCCGCUACUGCGACUAUCGGAGGGUUCAAGAAGGGGUUUACAUCUACAGCUUUGGGACCAAACAUUUCGCCCCCGGCCAGGGUUUACAAAGCGCGUCAGUUCGAAGUUGCUCCAGGAGAUGCAGUUCCUCGUAUGGUACGCGCGUCGGCGGGGGAUGCCUUUGCGGAGGUAGUUCGAGCGUGUCUGGAAGGGGCACUGGGCGUGCGGAUCAAGGACGAAGAGAGUCAGGGAAUGAUACUUCAAGACAUGUUUAAGGAGCGGGUUGUAUUGCGCUUGGUCGUCAUUGUAGUGUAG